AUGGUUGAAGCCACAGGAUUGUCUCAAUUGACAGGGUGCAUGAUGCAGCAUUUAGACAUGGCUCUACUGUCGGAAUUUGUGGAGAGGUGGCAGCCGGACACAAACACCUUCCACAUGCCGUUUGGAGAGAUUUCGAUCCUUCUACACGAUGUGCAUCACAUUCUUCGUAUUCCGGUUGAUGGAGAGCUGAUGGGAGAUGAUGCGUCGCCGGAUAUUCUUAAGUCAGACAUGGGUGGUCUAGUUCAACUUUCGGUGGAUGCUCAUGUUGGUGGUAAGUGGAAGUCUAAGUGGUACGAUACUGGUGCUAUGCAUGCAGAGGGAUUGUUGGUGCGUGGGGGAGAGCUGAAGAUUAAGGAGAUGGAGGUGCAGUGUUACCUAUUUGUGUUACUGGGAUCCACGCUUUUUGUGGAUAAGAGUUGUGAUCGCCUUCGUCCUACGAUCAACUUGUUUAUGAAGGAUCAUCGACGAUUGACUGAUUACGCUUGGGGAGCUGGUGCACUAGCCUAUCUCUACAGACAGUUGGGAGUGGCCACACGAGAGGGUGGGGAUGAUGCUAGACAGAGGUUAGCACAUUAUCGACAGUUGUUGGAUGAGCUUUCAGCUGAUGAUGUGACCUGGACUCCGUACGGACGAGAUGGCCACACAGAUAUACCUCGCUCCUUGUUUACUGGCCCCAUUCGCUUUUCUGACAUUGCUGAGGGAUAG